AUGUCUGCCAGCGACGUACGUGAACUGUCUAGCACCCCGUACCCGGCUCUCGCCAACUCGCUCAUGCUGUUGGCCACGCCCGUGGUUUCGCCGGCAGCCAACGCGCCCGCGCGCCAAGCGGCGCAGGGCGCGGGCUGGUCGCGCUUCGGAAGCUUCUGGAGCCGUCCCAAGCUCGUGGGACCUAGCACCAAGACCGCGCUGCUGUUCGGCGCCGCGCAGGCGGUGGGAAGCUGGAUAAUCUACGACGGUGACCUAGAGAGCGGGUCAGGGUUCCUGGGCGCGUGGUCCGCGUUGUAUCUAAUUGUCGGCGGGCGCGGCUCCAUCAGUGCGCUGCGCUAUGGCCGCGUGUGGCCGCUGGCGCUGUCCGCGGCCGCCUUGUCAAACACUCUCCUCUACGCGCGUCGUUUUAUCUCCGGAGGAUUUACAUAG